CUCCCUGUCUCUCUCUCCUCCAGACCGUUCCUAGACAUGGUGUACAGUGCUCUAGAUUGUAGUGAAGACGAUUAUCAUGCUCUGUUUGUACUCUGUCUUCUCUACGCUGUGUCCCACAGCAAAGGUAUCAACCGUGAAUUGUUGGAGAGGCUGCAGUUACCGGUCCCAGACCAGGAGAGGAGCUGUUACAGCCAGGUGUUGGUGGAGAGACUCAUACGAGUGAUGAACGUGGCCGCACAACCAGAUGGUAAGGUACGUCUGGCUACUCUGGAGCUGAGCUGUCUGCUGUUGAAACGGUCCGUCCUCUCCUCCUCCUCCUCCUCUCCUGCUCACUGUAUCAUCAAGGACGUACACCUGGCCUGUCUUGAGGGAGCCAGAGAAGAGAGUCUGCAUCUCCUACGGCGUUUCUAUAAGGGGGAGGAGAUCUUCCUGGACAUGUUCGAAGAUGAGUACAGGAGCAUGACGAGUAAGCCCCUGAACGUGGAGUACCUCAUGAUGGACGCGUCCGUUCUACUUCCUCCUACUGGUACUCCUCUGACUGGAAUAGACUUCGUUAAGAGACUGCCCUGUGGAGGAGUAGAGAAGACCAGACGGGCCAUCCGUGUGUUCUUCAUGCUGAGAUCACUAUCUCUUCAGCUGCAGGGAGAACCAGAGACGCAGCUUCCUCUCACUCGCUCUGAAGACCUCAUCAAGACCGACGAUGUUCUGGACCUAAAUAACAGUGAUCUGAUAGCCUGUAUGGUGGUCAGUAAGGAAGGAGGUCAGGCUCAACGGUUCCUGGCGGUGGAUGUUUACCAGAUGAGUCUGGUUGAACCUGAAACUAAACGGUUGGGCUGGGGAGUGGUCAAGUUCGCUGGUCUGUUACAGGACAUGCAGGUGUCUGGGGUAGAGGAUGACAGCAGAGCUUUAAACAUUAUCAUCCACAAACCCUCGUCCAACCCCCACGCCAAGCCCCUCCCCAUCCUGCAGGCAAACUUCAUAUUCGCCGACCACAUUCGCUGUAUCAUCGCUAAGCAACGCCUGGCCAAGGGCCGGAUACAGGCCAGACGCAUGAAGACACAGAGGAUCGCAGCAUUACUCGACCUUCCUGUCCAGCCCAGUUCGUCAGAGGUUCUGGGCUUCGGCCAGACAGGAAACACUGCUGCCGGCGGUCAACUCCCUUUCCGCUUCUACGACCAAUCGCGUCGAGCGCCCAACGACCCCACCGCACAGAGAUCUGUGUUCGCCUCCGUUGACAAAGUUCCAGGGUUUGCGGUGGCCCACUGUGUCUCUCAGCACAGCCCGUCCCCCUCUCCUCCCCCUCCCCACCCUCCUCAGGCAGCACCGGACGAUGUGACUCUGUUACAGCCAGUACGAUAUCAGCCAACAGCCCUACAGAUGAGGAGACGUUCUUGGAGCACACCCCUCCUUCGUCCUCCGGUGGAGAGGGAGGAGGAAGAGGAGGAGAGUUAACCGGUUCUUGUUCCCCAGUCCCGUCUGUCCUGGCCCCCAGCCUCACCCCUGCCUCCCAGCCUAACAUCUCUCUACUGACCGACGACAACACAGACUCUCUGA